AUGACUCUACUAGAUCGACCCCCCGAUGACGUUUCUUGGAUCGGAUCCAUGGAAGUAUUCUUUCUAUUCUUUCUUGGCUUCUUCACAGGCCGUCUAACAGAUGCCGGUUACUUUCGCCAUCUAUAUGUCGCUGGGUCUUUGUUGCUCUGUCUUGGCGUAUUCAUGGCCUCUCUCUGUUCUCAAUACUGGCAGUUCCUCUUGGCUCAAGGCAUUUGUAUUGGUCUUGGUAACGGCUUGCUUUUUACGCCUUGUAUGACCAUCGCGGGAAGCUACUUCAAGAAGAAACGAUCUCUAGCUUUUGGAAUUAUUUCAGCAGGCAGUGUUACGGGUGGCCUUGUAUUCCCCAGCAUGGUGAGACAAUUGCUUCCUAGGAUAGGUCUGCCGUGGACACUGAGAGCAAUUGGCUUUAUCCAACUCGGCACUCUCAUCAUUGCUGGGAUAUUUCUCCAAUCGCACGCUCAACCUCGACAUUCAUCAGGGCCACUAUUUAACUUGGGGACCUUCAAGAAGCUAGAGUACACAUUCUAUGUGAUUGGUGCUUUCAUGGCUUUCUGGUCGUCUUUUUUUGCUUACCAAUACAUCGCCACCUUCUCGCGCGACAUUCUGGGUCUGUCAUACCCUUCAUCCUUGGACUUGAUCCUUAUUCUUGGUGGUGCGGGUGGUCCCGGGCGGGUUAUCCCAGGCUACUUUGGAGACAAAGUUGGUCCUGUAAAUCUCUAUCUAUUCUGCACGCUUGUCACGGGCGUUAUAACAUUCUGCUGGGCGGCAGUUCAUACUGUAUCAGGGAUGUAUGCCUGGACAGUCUUCUACGGUAUCACGAUAGGCGGUGUCCAGAGUCUCUUUCCGGCUGGACUACUGAGUCUAGCUGAUGAUCCAAAGGAACAGGGGACCAGGAUUGGUAUGGCUUGUACUGUUGUUAGCUUUGCUACGUUGACCGGAGCCCCGAUCUGUGGAGCUAUUAUCAGGACGCAAGGAGGAGAGUACAUUGGGGCGCAAGUUUUUGCUAGUUUGUCUCUUGUCACCGCAUCGAUAUUCCUCUUUUUGGCGAGAUGGAUUAGACUACGCGACUUGGGCUAUGGCGCCUUUGCGGCCGUGAGAUUGUGA